AUGGCCAAGGGGCUGCGUGCCAAGUCCCUUCGCAGAUAUCGCACUGCUAAACGUCAAGUAGUAAACGAAGUCAUAGAACGGCCAAGGGUCGCGGAAUCAUUCAAGAAGGCUCGCCUGAUUCAUCAUGGACAAGAUAUAACGCCGAAGACGCGGCCUAAUAUGUUUUUACAUCCAGACGAUCCGGAUGCAGUCGUUCCUCAGUGUAUCCCGAAACCGGCCCUGGAUUUAAGGUCUGAGAAUGUUCCUCUUUCUGGUAAGUUCAUUUGUCAAACUAGUUGUGCCUUGUACUAA